CAGGCAGCAGACGAGAGCAGCUACCACUGCCUCUUAAAACCUAGGUACUCCUCAUUACAGACUGAUAGACAGAGAGCAGGAGAGAGCUGGAGGCAGUUCUAGGAGAGCACCAGGGAAAGAAAGUGAGAAACUGUGAACAGGGAAAGUUAGGAAAAGUAAGAAGUCCUACUUGUAAGCUCACUCUUCCCUGACUGCUGCCUCCCCACUCCACUACCUGAGGCACAUACACACACACACACAGGGAGGUGUUUCAGGGAGGCUUAGAGGGUCGACUCUCCAGGGAAGAAGGGAAUUAAACACUUUUGUUUUCAAUCCGCUGCGUUCAUACUCAGGAGAAAAAAAGGGAUUACAGCUUUCACGCCUGCCCCCCCUUGUUUCUCUCUUCUCCUUGCAUUUUGUCUUCACUGAGUUACUUUGGAGACUUUGGAUAUAACCUUCUUGAAUUGUUGGUCUGAACUCGUAGAGGCAUGGCAAACGGACAAAAGAGCCCCAGGUGGGCAUUAACCCAGGGCUCCUUCAGCUUGGCACUGGGCCUGUCGCCCUUCUCCCUCCUCCUCCUCCUUACCGUCUCGGCCGCAGAUGAGUAUGACUACUACAGCUGGCAGUCGGACAACUUCCACAAUGGCCGCUUCUACACCAAGCAGCCCCAGUGUCUGGACAUACCAGCUGACCUGCGCCUGUGCCACAAUGUGGGCUACAAGAAGAUGAGGCUGCCCAACCUCCUGGACCAUGAGACCAUGCCCGAAGUUAAGCAGCAGGCAGGCAGUUGGGUGCCCCUCCUGGCUAAACGGUGCCAUGCUGAUACGCAGGUCUUCCUGUGCUCACUGUUUGCACCAGUGUGCCUAGACAGGCCCAUCUACCCUUGCCGCUCACUGUGCGAGGCUGUCAGGGACAGCUGUGCUCCGGUGAUGGAGACCUACGGCUUUCCCUGGCCGGAGAUGCUGACCUGCGACAAGUUCCCCAUUGAUAACGACCUGUGCAUCCCCAUGCAGUUCACCGGGAACCAUGCGACCCAGCCACCAGUGUCAAAGGUGUGCCCACCGUGUGACAAUGAGCUGAAGAAAGACAACAUCAUGGAGCAUUACUGUGCAAGUGACUUUGUCCUAAAGAUGAAAAUCAAGGAGGUGAAAAAGGAAAAGGGUGACCGGAAGCUGAUUGCAGCACAAAAGAAGAAGAAAGUUCUGAAGCAGGGCGUGCUGAGGAAGAAGGACCUGAAGAAGCUGACCUUGUACAUUAAGAAUGGUGCCAAUUGUCCGUGCUCCCAGCUGGACAGCCUGGGCUCCAACUUCCUCAUCAUGGGCCGCAAAGUGGACCAACAACUGCUUCUCACGUCCAUUCACAAGUGGGACAAGAAGAGCAAGGAGCUCAAGGUCGCCAUCAAAUACACGAAGUCCCAUCAGUGCCCCACCUACCACACCGUCUUCCAGUGACCUGCUUCACUGCAGUGUUCGCUGAACUUUCCACAACUUUGCUUUUCAGAUUCAACCUUUGUUUCACUUAGAUUAUAGCAGUUAUUUCACUAAUGCAUCCCUGAGUCAUGGAUCCUAUAAAAUCUUUUACCAGCCCCGAAGCUAAACACGAAUCAGGUAGUUGUCCUUUUCUCCUUUGAUGUUAGAGAUCAUUAUUAUUAUUAUUGGAGAGAGGAAAACUGCUUUUUAAAUAAGUCAAGUCCCUCCCUUCCAUCAAAAAAAGACAAUAAGAAUGAUUUCAUAUUGAUUCACAUCCUGGAAUCUAAUGUACUCUUCAUUAAUAUGCUUGCCUAUUCUGAUAUUAUAGAAUCACUUAAAUCAUAUCCUAAAGCAAUCUUCUUAGACAUCAGCAUUAAGAAAUGGAAAUUUAACUACUGGAAAGAAAACACGCUCGACGCUGUAAUGAAAUGAAAAUUAUGGGAAGGUUUGUUUCUGUGCAAAAAGUGCUGAGAGCAAUGAGAGAGUGAACGUAUGUGGGUUGUGUGAUGUACCAGUGCACACGCUGGCACAGUGCUCCAAGGAACAACAUCAAAGCACAGAAAUAUUGAUGAUCCACUUAACUGCAUGUUGUAAAAAGUAGGUAAUUCAGACCAAUACUAAAUGCUUAGAAAACUGGGAUUUGUUUUUUUUUUCCUUAUCCAUGCUGGGAACGAAGACUGAUGGAAUGAGACAGACUGACUGAUGCUUCCACUGACUUUGUACAGAACCAUUUCUGUGGCCUGAAAGAGGGAAACUUGAAUAUUUUUUACUUUUUAAUUUUGAAAGAGAAUAAAGUUAGGGCAGUGAAGGCAU